CAUAUAAACACUGGGAUGGGAUUCCCAGCGCYGCUUCCCGGCUGGAGGAGGGGAGGCAGCUCCAACAUGAGGGUGGCUCUGGCCCUGCUGCUGCUCUUGGUCACUGCACAGGCGGCACACCGAGGUAGAGCUUAUGUCCGGGAGAAAGUCUGCCAGGAGUACAGGAUGCUGGGCAAGGAGAACUUCCGAACCCUGACCAUCAUCGCCAACAGCCGCAAAUAUUCCAACGGCACCUUCGAGGAGAUCGGCCACCUCGUCCGGGAAAUCGUCUCCCUGGCCGAGACCUGCUGUGCCGACGGGGCCGACCCCUCCUGCUACGAUGCUGGGUCCACGGCUCUGUCGGUGAAAUCGUGCAGCGCGGACUCGCCCUUCCCGGCGCACCCCGGCACGGCCGAGUGCUGUGCGCAGCAGGGGCUGGAGAGGAAGCUGUGCCUGGCUGCCCUGCGGCACCCGCCCCAGCCGCUGGCACGGUACCUGCAGCCCUCCGACACGGAGCUGUGCCWCGCCUUCCGCCAGGAUCCCAGGCAAUUUGCGGAUAGGUUCCUGUAUGAAUACUCGAGCAGCUACAGCCAGGCUCCGCUGCCCGUGCUCCUGAGCUCCACCCGCACCUUCCUCUCCAUGGUCUCCACCUGCUGCAUCUCCCCUGCCCCCAUUGCCUGCUUCCUGAAGGAGAAACUGGAGAGGAAAACCCUCUCCCUACUCACCCUGAUGUCAAACCGGAUGUGCUCCCGCUUCUCGGCGUAUGGGAAGGACAAAGUCACCUCCAGCUACCUGACCUCGCUGGCUCAGAAGGUUCCCACUGCUUCCUUCGAGGAUCUUCUCCCGCUGGCAGAAGACGCUGCCGAGGUGUCUUCCCAGUGCUGCGACUCGGUGGCCGAGGACUGUAUGCAGAAGAAGCUGCUGGAGCACACGGCCAAAGUCUGCACUGCGCUGUCGGCCCGGGACGGGCGCUUCGCCAACUGCUGCAAGGGCAAAAACCUGAUGGAAAACCUUUUCUGCAUGCUGGCCUUGCCACCAGAGCCCGCUCCUGAGCUGCCAGAGGCACCAGAGCCCACCAGCAAGGAGUUGUGCGGCAAGGAGGGGGCUCUGCACGCCAGCAGGUCCCUGUUUGAGCUGGCACGGAGGCACCCCAGCCUCCCCGACGCCGUCCUCGCCAAGCUCUACGACUYCUCCCAGAAACUCCGGGGGGAAUGCUGCUCCAGCAAGGACCCCUCUGCGUGCCUGGACAGCAAGCUCAAGCGGAUGGAAGCAGAGCUGUCUCCCCUCCUGGAAAAGGCCAGCCAGCUCUGCAGCCAGUACACCAAGCUGCCUUACCUGGAGUUCAAGAAGAGGCUGCGGGAGAGCCUGAGGCAGGCGGAGCCCGAGGUCAGCCCGGCCGCGCUGGAGCAGCUCCUGGAGCAGAGAGUGUCCUUCGCCUCCUCCUGCUGCCUCCCCGACGCUCCCCCGCUCCUCUGCKCUUCCAAGGUGAGCUCGGAGCUGGGAGAGGCGUGCAAGAGGGAGCCCUGCCUGCUGGCAUAG